AUGCCUCUUUCUUCGUCAAAGAGCUUUGAACGGCUUGCCGACGAUCAGUACCAGACGGGAAAUCAAUCACAGUCAGACAUACUCUCGAGAAUAAAAAUGUCCAAGGUGGGCGCAAGAAGAGCACAGGCCGAGAUGGAGGUGGCUCGGCCCGAAGCCCCACGGUUCGAAAGGGUGACAUGGUACAAAGAGCCUCAUCUGCGGAAGCUGUAUGCCAUGUCCUUGGUGCUCAUGAUCGCGAGCGCAACGACAGGCUAUGACGGGAUGCUUGUGAAUACCUCACAGCAGAUUCGUCGCUGGGAGCAGUACUUUGGAUUGGACAUCGACGACAACAAUAAACUCGGUGUUUUGAUCAACAUGUUCAACAUCGGCUCCAUCGUGUCCUUCUUUAUCACCCCGUACGUUGCGGAUAAUUAUGGUCGGAAGAACGCCAUUAUUGCGGGCUGUAUCUUCAUGAUUGGCGGGGGGUGCCUCACUGCGUUUUGCGAUGGCUACGCACUCUACAUCACGGGAAGGUUUCUCCUAGGCUUCGGCAAUUCCCUGGCGCAGAUGGCUUCACCCCUACUGUUGACGGAAAUCUGCCAUCCGCAACAUCGUGGCCCAGUCACUGCCAUAUACAAUUGUCUCUGGAACCUCGGUGCUCUUCUUGUGUCGUCAAUUGGAUGGGGAACAGCCUACAUCGACAAUGACUGGUCAUGGCGGUCUAUAACACUCAUACAAGUUGUCCCCUCUCUGAUUCAGAUCACAUUUAUCUGGUGGUUGCCAGAGUCGCCGCGGUACCUUGUCAACAAAGAUCGGAAUGAGGAAGCACUUAUUGUCCUAUCAAAGCAUCAUUCUGGUGGAGAUAUACAUGAUGCUGUCGUACAGUUUGAGUUCCAGGAGAUCAAGCAAACCAUCCAAAUGGACCGAGACGCUGACAAGGCAACUUCUUAUCUGGACUUCCUCCGCACCAAAGGAAACAGAUGGCGUCUUGCCAUCAUCAUCUCCUUAGGCAUCAUAUCACAGUACUCGGGCAAUGCUCUCUUCUCUAACUACAUGAACACCAUUUACGAAGGUGCCGGAAUUACUCUGCAGAGCCAGAAGCUGGCCAUGUCCACAGGGAAGACAAUCCUUGAUCUUGUUGUCACCAUCGCGGCAGCCCUUAAUGUUGAUCGAUUCGGUCGCAGGCCAUUGUUCCUAAUCUCUACCAGUGGAAUGGUGGUCGCUUUCGCGGCAUGGACAGCAACUGGGGCAAUUUACGAGAAUUCUGAGCUGACGAAUAUUCAAAGCGGCUAUGCGCAACUAUGUUUCAUCUGGCUUUUUGGCAUUUUCUAUGACAUCGGCUUCUCUGGGUUGUUGGUCGCGUACGCUCUGGAGAUCCUCCCAUUUCAUCUGCGUGCCAAAGGAAUGAUGAUCAUGAACAUCACAGUGCAAGCUGUUCUUGCUGUUGGGAAUCAAACGAAUAAGAUUGCUUGGGAUAGCUUUCCCCGGCACUGGAUGUUCAUGCUAUUCUACACAUGCUGGGAUGUGGUUGAACUGAUCUUUGUAUACCUCUUCUACGUCGAGACGAAAGGUCCGACGCUUGAGGAAAUCGCGCGCAUUUUUGAUGGUGACGAUGCGGUGGCUCACAUUGAUCUUAAUGAGAUUGCGAAAGAGCUCCACGGUGAUCACUACGAGGAAGCUCACUUCGAGGCUUAUCGACACAAAAAGGGCCCAUCGGCCCGAGAACGGUAUUAUUCAUAG